AUGGAGAAUGGCGACAAUGGCGUAGUCGACGAGAACCUCGACGACCUGAGGGCGCUGCUCGAGGUGUACGAGGCGAGGCUAUCGGGCUCGGGCGGCCGCGCGCACCUGGCCGGGGACGCCGUCAGCCUCGCGGACCUCAGCCCCUUCGGCUUCAUGCGCUACUUCAUGGCCACGGAGAAUGCCGGCGUGGUGGACGCGUACCCCCGCGUCAAGGCGUGGUGGAACGCGCUGCUGGCCAGGCCGUCUGUGCAGAAGGUGAUGGCCGGCACGCCGCCUGAUUUCGGCUUGGGGAGUGGCAACAGACCGUAG